AGAAGAGGAGGGAGGGAGAGAGGGGGAGAAAACGCCCUGGAAACUUGGUUGAAGGAGAACUAGGAGAAGAGUGACAGAAUCCUAUCAGGCAGCAAAGUUGUGACUGAGAAAAGUGCUUUUCUUGGGCUGAGGAGAAAGGGAGCAGGCAAGUUUUCAAGGAUGCUCAAGCUGGUGUGAGGCUUCUUGGGCGCAAAGACUGCGCACAGAAGUCAGGAACACAAGACCCACAGCAUCAGACUGAAGCCCUUGGCCUUGCUUGAGCAAUCCAAGGAAAACGAAGAAAAAGUUUCCAUCACACCAGGGCUUAAAUAAAGGAAAGGAAAAACAAGAUGGCUGAAGAGGAGGAAACCAGGGAGGUGCUCUUUACAGAUUGGGAAGGUCCAGACAAAACUGGCCUGACGAUUGAACAGACAAGUGGAGGAGAGAUCUUUGUCAAGGAGGUUAAAGGAGAGUCACCUGCAGCACGGUCUGGAAAAGUAUAUGAAGGUGACCAGAUCGUAGGCGCCACAGUCUACUUUGAUAACAUGAGCUCUGAAGAAACAGCUGAGCUACUGAAGACAUUGAACAGACACAAGGUUGGACUGAAACUACAAAACAAAGGAGACAAAUCCCCUUGCCUCUCGCCCUUGAGCACACCAUGUCGCUCACCAAUGGGCACCCUGACGUGGGAGGGGAAGGCCCGUUUUGGAGGUUCCAGUCCAGACAUCAUCCUUAGUGGAGAUGAUGAGGACUAUAAGAGAAUAUACACAAAAAAAAUUAAACCAAGGCUGAAGUCUGAAGACCUUGCAGAGGGAGUAGAUGUUCGCACAGAGCGGCACAGCAGCACAAGCAGCGAUGGGAGCACAAUUACUACUAUCACACGCCGCAUCACUACCUACACUGUGGAUAUGCCGAGUGGCAUAAGUGAGCAACUUGAACUUUCAAGUCCAGAGUUCAAGGGGCUAAGGCACGAAUCUGGAGAUGGUUCUCCUCGUAUCAGAAUCUCACAUGGCAGCCCUUCAGGUAAAAUGGGAGCAGACGAGGGAGUUUUUGAGUUAAGCAACGUCUCUUACACUGGGCCACAAAUUAGCUCCACAGAGACACAUUGGGGCAGUGGGGGAGUUCAGACCACAACAGUUACAAGAGAGGGAGAACGAGAACGAGGUACAGGGCUCAGUUUAAAAGGGCCUAAAUUUGUGGGUACAGGCCAGGGAGGCUUUGAGAUCUCAAGAGGGAGUGGAGAGCAAGGAGACAGAAGUAUUCAGGUGACAGGAACAAGCAUGACACUAAGUGACAGCACAAACACUGGUAGUAAGCAUAUUACAAUAGGAGGGGUGGGAGGUGUAGAUGUAACCUCUGCUGAUGAGAAUGGAGGGUCAAUAAGUUUGUCUUUACCAGGAAAAAGCAUGCAGAUUUUGACUUCAUCCAUGGAAAAAACACAGGAGGGAAGUGUUGACACCGGUUUAGGUGAGAGGACAAAGGUGAAGGUAUCUGAAAGUACCAUCAGUCACCCACAAGCAAAGGGAUCAGGCAGUAUUGAUAAUCCAAAUGUCAGACUUGGAGUUUCCAAAGUUAUUGAUACUGAAUUAAGAGGUGGCACAAUAGGAGGCUCAACAAAAACACUAGGCAAUUUUACCUCAGGAUAUUCAUCGGCUCCAGGCAAGAUUUCAAUGGCAGGGGUGGAUGUCAACCUUACAGGUUCAAAGUUGAAAGGUGAGGUUGAUGUCAACCUGCCAAGCACAAAGGGAGAAAUAAAAGCAUCUGGAAUAGACACUGACGUUCCAGGCUACAAAACUGAGGACACUAUGAGUGGCAUAAAAAUGACAACAAUCAAGAUGCCUGUAACUGGAAUGAAAGGACUCAAGAAAGACGAAACUAGUGUUGAAGUUAAACUCAGUGGUGAUCCUGGGCUAGAUACAGAUGUAUACCUGAAGGGUUCUCAGGUAGAAGAAAAUCUUGAUGUUAAAGUGCCAAAGACUGAGGGAAAAAUAAAAGCACCCAGAGUAGACAUUAAAGGCCCAAGUAUAAACAUUGAGGGGAAAGAAGGGGACUUUAAAAUGCCUCAGAUAAUGGGACCAAAAGUUGACGUAAAAGCUACUGAGAUUGACAUUAAUGCACCAGACAUUGUUGGUGGGGGCUCUGAUAGAAAAACUGAAGGACUGAAAUUCAAGAUGCCAUCCAAACCAGGGCCCACAACGCCAGAAUGGGACAUCAGUCUAAAAGGAAGUAAGGCAAAGGGACACACUGAUGUGACAGCUCCAAAGAUUGAGGGACACACAACAAAACCUGAAGUUGAGAUCAAAGGACCAGAAUUUGAGAUUAAAGGGCAUGAAGGAGGAUCUGAAAAACCUAAAAUCACAGGUCCUAGGGUUGAAAAUACAGAUGUUGAUAUAAAAGCUGAAGGUGGAUUCAAGCAGCCAAAAUCUACAAUGACAUCCACUGGCCUGAAAGGUCCAAAACUUGAAGGUGAUCUGGCUAUAUCAGUUCCAAAGAGUAAAGGAGACAUAAAAGCAUCUAUUGAAAUGAAAAGGACAAACGGUGAUGUUGAAAUUCAAAAGAUCAAAAAGUCAUCAUUUGAUCUCAAUGUUCCCAAAGCAGAAAUUAAUGUAACAGCACCUGAAGUUGAGGUUAAAGCUCCAGUAACUGAUGAUGAAUGCCCUGAUGUAAAACUCAAAGGACCUCAAAUGAAGACUCCGUCCAUAAUAGGACAAAAGAUACCAGACGUAGAUAUAAAACUCAAAGGUCCAAGAAUUGAAGGAGAUGUGGAUUUGUCACUGCCAGAGACUGAAGGAUACACAAAAGACGUUGACAUUGAGGGCCAGAAAAGUGGAGUUAAAAUGCCCAAAGUAAAGAAACCAUCAUUUGGAAUGAAAGGUCCAAAAGUGGAAGAGCCAGAAUUUGAUGUUGAUCAUCCAAAGGCUGACAUAAAUGUAACAGCACCUGAAGUGGACAUCAAAGGGCAGGUUGACAUUGAGAGGACCGGAAAUAUCAAAGCAUCAAAAUUCAAAAAGCCAUGUAUUUCAGGAAGUGGAAUCUCCAUGCCAGACGUGGAUUUAAGUGUGAAAGGUCAGAAAUUCAAAUGUGAUGUGGAUGUGUCAGCUCCAACAGUAGAAGGAGAAAUAAAAUAUUCCAAAGGUGACAUCAAAGCUCCAAAGAUUGACAUUGGAGGACCAGAUGCAAAACUCACAGGACCGAAAAUCACCAUGACAUCUGGUUCAGGACCAAACAUAUUGAUGCCAAAUGUGGAUGUUAAUCUGAAAAGUCCCAAACUCAAAGGUGAUGCGGAUGUGUCAGCUCCAAAGAUUGAAGGUGAUAUAACAGCACCUGAAGUUGACAUCAAAGAUCCACAUGUUGAUAUUGAAGGGUCAAAGGGGGGAUUUGAAAUCAAAAUGCCAUCAUUUGGCUUCAAAGGUCCAAAAGUGGAAGGCCAAGAUGUUGACAUCAAUGUCCAGACAUCAAAAACUGAUGUGAAAUCACCUUCCAUUGACACUAAAGGACCAGAUGUUGACAUUGCAGUUCCUGAUGCAGAACUUAAAGGACCGAAAUUUAAGCUUUCGUCCAUAUCAGGAUCCACGUUGCCAGAUUGGGAUAUCAGUCUGAAAGGGCCCGAAGUAAAAGGAGAUCUGGAUGCAUCAGUUCCAAAAAUCGAGACUGACAUUAAAGCCCCCAAGGUUGAUAUUGAAGGACCAGAUGUUGACAUUGAGGGUCACAAAGGAGGAUUUAAAAUGCCUAAAUUUAAAAUGCCAUCCUUUGGGAUGAAAGGUUCAAAUGUUGAAGGGCCAGAGGUUGAGGUCAGCCUCCCAAAAUCUGAUAUUGAUAUUAAAUCCUCUGAAUUGGAUGUGAAAGUACCUGAUGUUAACAUUGAGACUACAAGUGGUGAAACUAAAGGACUGAAGAUCAAGAUGCCAACUAUCUCAGGACCAAAACUUUCCAUGCCAGGUCCGAAGACUGAAGGGAAUAUAACAGCAACUGAAGUUGACAUCAAAGGUCCAAAGAUUGAUAUUGAGGGGCCAAAGGCUGCAUUUGAAAAGCCCAAAGUCAAAAUGCCUUCAUUUGGCUUCAAAGGUCCAAAAGUGGAAGGCCCAGAUGUUGAUGUCAAUCUGCCUAAAGCAGACAUUAAUGUGAAAGCACCUGAAGUUGACAUUAAAGGACCAGAAGUUGACAUUGAAGGACCGAAUGCAAAACUGAAAGGACCCAUUCAAGGACCAAAAAUUUCCAUGCCAGAUGUGGAUGUCAAUCUGAAAAGUCCCAAACUCAAAGGUGAUGUGGAUGUGUCAGCUCCAAAGAUGGAGAGGAACAUAAAAACAUCAAAAGUCGAUGUUGAAGGACCAGAUGUUGACAUUGAGGGCCAAAAAGGGGGAUUUAAAAUGCCCAAAAUCAAAGUACCAGCAUUUGGCUUCAAGGGUCCAAAAGUGGAAGACCCAGAUGUCAAUCUUCCUAAAGCAGACAUUGAUGUGAAAUCACCUGAAUGUGACAUGAAAGGACCAGAGGUUGACAUUGAAGGACCAGAUGCAAAGAUAAAGGGGCCGAAACUUAAACUUCCGUCCAUAUCAGGACCCACCUUGCCAGGUUUGGAUGUCAGUCUGAAAGGACCCAAAAUUAAGGGAGAUGUGGAUGUGUCAGUUCCAAAGAUUGAGGGUGACAUAGAAGCUCCCAAGAUUGAUGUUGAAGGACCAGAUGUUGACAUUGAGGGCCACAAAGGAGGAUUUAAAAUGCCCAAAAUCAAAGUGCCAACAUUUGGCUUCAAGGGUCCAAAAGUGGAAGGCCCAGAUGUCAAUCUUCCUAAAGCAGACAUUGAUGUGAAAUCACCUGAAUGUGACAUGAAAGGACCAGAGGUUGACAUUGAAGGACCAGAUGCAAAGAUAAAGGGGCCGAAACUUAAACUUCCGUCCAUAUCAGGACCCACCUUGCCAGGUUUGGAGGUCAGUCUGAAAGGACCCAAAAUUAAGGGAGAUGUGGAUGUGUCAGUUCCAAAGAUUGAGGGUGACAUAGAAGCUCCCAAGAUUGAUGUUGAAGGACCAGAUGUUGACAUUGAGGGCCACAAAGGAGGAUUUAAAAUGCCCAAAAUCAAAGUGCCAACAUUUGGCUUCAAGGGUCCAAAAGUGGAAGGCCCAGAUGUCAAUCUUCCUAAAGCAGACAUUGAUGUGAAAUCACCUGAAUGUGACAUGAAAGGACCAGAGGUUGACAUUGAAGGACCAGAUGCAAAGAUAAAGGGGCCGAAACUUAAACUUCCGUCCAUAUCAGGACCCACCUUGCCAGGUUUGGAGGUCAGUCUGAAAGGACCCAAAAUUAAGGGAGAUGUGGAUGUGUCAGUUCCAAAGAUUGAGGGUGACAUAGAAGCUCCCAAGAUUGAUGUUGAAGGACCAGAUGUUGACAUUGAGGGUCACAAAGGAGGAUUUAAAAUGCCUAAAUUUAAAAUGCCAUCAUUCGGGAUAAAAGGUCCAAAUGUUGAAGGGCCCGAUGUUGGUGUCAGCCUCCCAACAGAUGACACUGAUAUUAAAACCCAAGAAUUGGAUGUGCAAGGACCAAAAGUGGACAUUGAGAGUCCAAGUGGGAAUAUUAAAGGACCGAAGAUAAAGAUGCCAACUAUCUCAGGACCGAAAAUGUCCAUGCCAGAUGUGGAUUUCAAUCUGAAAGGUCCCAAACUCAAAGGGGAUGUGUCAGCUCCAAAGAUUGAUGGAGAUAUAACAGCACCUGGACUUGACAUCACAGGUCCAGAGGUUGAUAUUGAAGGGCCAAAGGGUGGAUUUGAAAUGCCAAAAAUCAAAAUGCCAUCAUUUGGCUUCAAAGGUCCAAAAGUGGAAGGCCCAGAUGUUGACAUCAAUCUUCCUAAAGCAAACAUUGAUGUGAAAGCACCUGAUGUUGACAUUAAAGGAACAGAGGUUGACACUGAAGGACCGGAUGCAAAACUAAAAGGACCGAAAAUCAAGCUUCCUUCCAUAUCAGGACCCACCUUGCCUGAUUGGGAUGUUAGUCUGAAAGGACCCAAAGUAAAAGGAGAUAUGGAUGUGUCAGUUCCAAAGAUCGAGGGAGACAUAGAAGCUCCCAAGAUCGAUGUUGAAGGACCAGAUGUUGACAUUCAGGGUAUCAAAGGAGGAUUUAAAAUGCCUAAAUUUAAAGUGCCAUCAUUCGGGAUGAAAGGUCCAAAUGUUGAAGGGCCCAAUGUUGAUGUUGGCCUCCCAAAAGCUGAUAUUGAUAUUAAAGCCCCAGAAUUGGAUGUGAAAGGACCAGAUAUUGACAUUGACAGUCCGAGUGGUAAAAUUAAAGGACCGAAAUUCAAGAUGCCAUCUAUCUCAGGACCGAAAAUUUCCAUGCCAGAUGUGGAUUUCAAUUUGAAAGGUCCCAAUCUAAAAGGGGAUGUAGAUUUGUCAAUUCCAAAGAUUGAUGGAGGUAUAGCUGCACCUGGACUUGACAUCACAGGUCCAGAGGUUGAUAUUGAAGGGUCAAAGGGUGGAUUUGAAAUGCCCAAAAUCAAAAUGCCAUCAUUUGGCUUCAAAGGUCCAAAAGUGGACGGCCCGGAUGUUGACAUCAAUCUUCCUAAAGCAGACAUUAAUGUGAAAGCACCUGAUGUUGACAUUAAAGGACCAGAGGUUGACAUUGAUCGGCCAGAUGCAAAACUGAAAGGACCGAAAUUUAAGCUUCCGUCCAUAUCAGGACCCACCUUGCCUGAUUGGGAUAUGAGUUUGAAAGGGCCCAAAGUAAAAGGAGAUCUGGAUGUGUCAGCUCCAAACAUCAAGGCUGACAUUAAAGCCCCCAAGGUCGAUAUUGAAGGACCAGAUGUUGACAUUGAGGGUCACAAAGGAGGAUUUAAAAUGCCUAAAUUCAAAAUGCCAUCAUUCGGGCUGAAAGGUCCAAAUGUUGAAGGGCCAGAAGUUGAUGUCAGCCUCCCAAAAGCUGACAUUAAUAUUAACGCCCCAGAAUUGGAUGUGAAAGGACUAGAUGUUGACAUAGAGAGUCCAAGUGGUAAAAUUAAAGGACCGAAGUUCAAGAUGCCAACUAUCUCAGGACCGAAAAUUUCCAUGCCAGAUGUGGAUGUCAAUCUGAAAAGUCCCAAACUCAAAGGUGACAUGGAUGUGUCAGCACCAAAGAUUGAGGGUGAAAUAAAAAUCCCUGACGUUGACAUCAAAGGUCCACAGGUUGAUAUUGAAGGGUCAAAGGGUGGAUUUGAAAUGCCCAAAAUCAGAAUGCCUUCAUUUGGCUUCAAAGGUCCAAAAUUGGAAGGCCCGGAUGUGGACAUCAAUCUUCCUAAAGCAGACAUUGAUGUGAAAGCACCAGAGGUUGACAUCGAAGGGCUGGAUGCAAAACUGAAAGGACCCAAAUUCAACAUGCCAACAAUUUCUGGACCGAAGCUGUCAAUGCCAGACAUGGAUUUUCAUCUGAAAGGUCCAAAACUCAAAGGUGAUGUGGAUGUGUCUGCUCCAAAGAUGGAGGGAGACAUAAAAACUCCUAAAGUUGACAUCAAAGCUCCGACAGUCGAUAUUGAAGGACCAGAUGUUGACAUUGAGGGUCACAAAGGAGGAUUUAAAAUGCCUAAAUUCAAAAUGCCAUCAUUCGGGCUGAAAGGUCCAAAUGUUGAAGGACCAGAAGUUGAUGUCAGCCUCCCAAAAGCUGACAUUAAUAUUAACGCCCCAGCAUUGGAUGUGAAAGGACUAGAUGUUGACACAGAGAGUCCAAGUGGUAAAAUUAAAGGACCGAAGUUCAAGAUGCCAACUAUCUCAGGACCGAAAAUUUCCAUGCCAGAUGUGGAUGUCAAUCUGAAAAGUCCCAAACUCAAAGGUGACAUGGAUGUGUCAGCACCAAAGAUUGAGGGUGAAAUAAAAAUCCCUGACGUUGACAUCAAAGGUCCACAGGUUGAUAUUGAAGGGUCAAAGGGUGGAUUUGAAAUGCCCAAAAUCAAAAUGCCUUCAUUUGGCUUCAAAGGUCCAAAAUUGGAAGGCCCGGAUGUGGACAUCAAUCUUCCUAAAGCAGACAUUGAUGUGAAAGCACCAGAGGUUGACAUCAAAGGGCUGGAUGCAAAACUGAAAGGACCCAAAUUCAACAUGCCAACAAUUUCUGGACCGAAGCUGUCAAUGCCAGACAUGGAUUUUCAUCUGAAAGGUCCAAAACUCAAAGGUGAUGUGGAUGUGUCUGCUCCAAAGAUGGAGGGAGACAUAAAAAUACCUAAAGUUGACAUUAAAACAUCCAAGGUCGAUAUUGAAGGACCAGAUGUUGACAUCGAGGGCCACAAAGGAGGAUUGAAAAUGCCUAAAUUUAAAAUUCCAUCAUUUGGGAUGAAAGGUCCAAAAGUGGAAGGCCCAGAUGUUGACAUCAAUCUUGGUAAAGCAAACAUUGAUGUGAAAUCACCUGAUGUUGACAUUAAAGCACCAGAGGUUGACAUUGAAGGACCAGAUGCAAAACUGAGAGGACCGAAAUUUAAGCUUCCGUCCAUAUCAGGACCCACCUUACCUGAUUGGGAUGUCAGUCUGAAAGGACCCAAAAUUAAGGGAGAUGUAGAUGUUCCAGUUCCAAAGAUUGAGGCAAACAUAGAAGCUCCAAAGGUUGAUAUUGAAGGACCAGAUGUGGACAUUGAGAGUCCAAGUGGUAAAAUCAAGGGACCGAAAUUCAAGAUGCCAUCUAUCUCAGGACCGAAAAUGUCCAUGCCAGAUGUGGAUUUCAAUCUGAAAGGUCCCAAGCUCAAAGGUGACAUGGAUGAUUCACUUCCAAAGAUUGAGGGUGACAUAAAAACACCUGAAGUUGACAUCGCAGGUCCAGAGGUUGAUAUUGAAGGGCCAAAGGGUGGAUUUAAAAUGCCCAAAAUCAAAAUGCCAUCUCUUGGCUUCAAAGGUCCAAAAGUGGAAGGCCCAGAUGUUGACAUCAGUCUUCCGAAAGCAAACAUUGAUGUGACAGCACCUGAUGUUGACAUUAAAGGACAAGAGGUUGACAUUGAAGGGCCAGAUGCAAAACUGAAAGGACCAAAAUUCAAGAUGCCAACUCUCUCAGGACCGAAAAUUUCCAUGCCAGAUGUGGAUUUCAAUCUGAAAGGUCCAAAACUCAAAGGUGAUGUGGAUGUGUCAGUUCCAAAGAUUGAGGGCGACAUAAAAACACCUGAAAUUGACAUCAAAGGUCCAGAGCUUGAUAUUGAAGGUCCAAAGGGUGGAUUUGAAAUGCCCAAAAUCAAAAUGCCUUCAUUUGGUUUCAAAGGUCCAAAAUUGGAAGGGCCAGAUAUUGAUGGCAAUCUUCCUAAAGCGAAAAUUGAUGUGAAAUCACCUGAUGUUGACAUCAAAGGACCAGAGGUUGACAUUGAAGGAACAGAUGCAAGACUGAAAGGACCGAAAUUCAAGAUGCCAACUCUCUCAGGACCCAAAAUUUCCAUGCCAGAUGUGGAUUUCAAUCUGAAAGGUCCCAAACUCAAAGGUGAUGUGGAUGUGUCAGGUCCAAAGAUUGAGGGUGAUACAAAAACACCUGAAGUUGACAUCAAAGGUCCAGAGGUUGAUAUUGAAGGUCCAAAGGGUGGAUUUGAAAUGCCCAAAAUCAAAAUUCCUUCAUUUGGUUUCAAAGGUCCAAAAUUGGAAGGGCCAGAUGCUGAUGUCAAUUUUCCUAAAGCAAACAUUGAUGUGAAAGCACCUGAUCUUGACAUCAAAGGACCAAAUGUUGACAUUGAAGGGCCAGAUGCAAAACUGAAAGGACCAAAAUUCAAGAUGCCAACUCUCUCAGGACCCAAAAUUUCCAUGCCAGAUGUGGAUUUCAAUCUGAAAGGUCCAAAACUCAAAGGUGAUGUGGAUGUGUCAGUUCCAAAGAUUGAGGGCGACAUAAAAACACCUGAAAUUGACAUCAAAGGUCCAGAGGUUGAUAUUGAAGGUCCAAAGGGUGGAUUUGAAAUGCCCAAAAUCAAAAUGCCUUCAUUUGGUUUCAAAGGUCCAAAAUUGGAAGGGCCAGAUAUUGAUGGCAAUCUUCCUAAAGCGAAAAUUGAUGUGAAAUCACCUGAUGUUGACAUCAAAGGACCAGAGGUUGACAUUGAAGGACCAGAUGCAAGACUGAAAGGACCGAAAUUCAAGAUGCCAACUCUCUCAGGACCCAAAAUUUCCAUGCCAGAUGUGGAUUUCAAUCUGAAAGGUCCCAAACUCAAAGGUGAUGUGGAUGUGUCAGGUCCAAAGAUUGAGGGUGACAUAAAAACACCUGAUGUUGACAUUAAAGGACAAGAGGUUGACAUUGAAGGGCCAGAUGCAAAACUGAAAGGACCAAAAUUCAAGAUGCCAACUCUCUCAGGACCGAAAAUUUCCAUGCCAGAUGUGGAUUUCAAUCUGAAAGGUCCAAAACUCAAAGGUGAUGUGGAUGUGUCAGUUCCAAAGAUUGAGGGCGACAUAAAAACACCUGAAAUUGACAUCAAAGGUCCAGAGCUUGAUAUUGAAGGUCCAAAGGGUGGAUUUGAAAUGCCCAAAAUCAAAAUGCCUUCAUUUGGUUUCAAAGGUCCAAAAUUGGAAGGGCCAGAUAUUGAUGGCAAUCUUCCUAAAGCGAAAAUUGAUGUGAAAUCACCUGAUGUUGACAUCAAAGGACCAGAGGUUGACAUUGAAGGAACAGAUGCAAGACUGAAAGGACCGAAAUUCAAGAUGCCAACUCUCUCAGGACCCAAAAUUUCCAUGCCAGAUGUGGAUUUCAAUCUGAAAGGUCCCAAACUCAAAGGUGAUGUGGAUGUGUCAGGUCCAAAGAUUGAGGGUGACACAAAAACACCUGAAGUUGACAUCAAAGGUCCAGAGGUUGAUAUUGAAGGUCCAAAGGGUGGAUUUGAAAUGCCCAAAAUCAAAAUUCCUUCAUUUGGUUUCAAAGGUCCAAAAUUGGAAGGGCCAGAUGCUGAUGUCAAUUUUCCUAAAGCAAACAUUGAUGUGAAAGCACCUGAUCUUGACAUCAAAGGACCAAAUGUUGACAUUGAAGGGCCAGAUGCAAAACUGAAAGGACCAAAAUUCAAGAUGCCAACUCUCUCAGGACCCAAAAUUUCCAUGCCAGAUGUGGAUUUCAAUCUGAAAGGUCCAAAACUCAAAGGUGAUGUGGAUGUGUCAGUUCCAAAGAUUGAGGGCGACAUAAAAACACCUGAAAUUGACAUCAAAGGUCCAGAGGUUGAUAUUGAAGGUCCAAAGGGUGGAUUUGAAAUGCCCAAAAUCAAAAUGCCAUCAUUUGGCUUCAAAGGUCCCAAAGUGGAAGGCCCAGAAGGUGACAUACACCUUCCUAAAGCAAACAUUGAUGUGAAAGCACCUGAUAUUGACAUUAAAGUGCCUGAUGUUGACAUUGAAUCUCCAGAGGGAAAACUUCAGGGGCCAACAGUAAAGUUACCAAAAAUAUCUGGACCAAAAAUAUCAUUGCCAGAUGUUGACAUCAACUUGAAGGGGCCGAAAUUGAAAGGUGAUUUGAAAGGGGAUGUUCAUUUACCAAAAGCCGAAGUUGAGGGACCAGAUGUCACAAUUGAUGUUCCAGAAAUUGGCACAAAGAAAACUAAAUUUAAAAUGCCGAAGUUUGGAUUCAAGGGUCCAAAGAUAAAGGCUCCAGAAACUGAUGUGAAAAUGGUAAAAGGGGAUAUCAGCAUCAAAGGAAAGACUGGAAGUUCUGAAGGCCUUGAUCUUAACCUGGGAGUGACUGGACCAAAGACCAAAGGAUCCAAGUUCAAGAUACCAAAAUUUGGUUUCAAAGGCCCAAAGGUAGAAAUGCCAGAAGUUGAUGUUAACUUUCCCAAACCUGGCAUUGAUAUAAAAACUCCAGAUGUUGAGAUUGAAGGACUAGAUGUUGACAUUGAGAGUCCAAGUGGAAAAAUUAAAGGACCAAAAUUCAAGAUGCCAACUAUCUCAGGACCGAAACUUUCCAUGCCGGAUGUGGAUUUCAAUUUGACAGGUCCCAAACUCAAAGGUGAUGUCGAUGUGUCAGUUCCAAAGGUUGAAGGAGACAUUACAGCACCUGAAGUUGACAUUGAAGGUCCACAGAUUGAUAUCAAAGGGGCUAAGGGGGAAUUUGAAAUGCCUAAAAUCAAAAUGCCAUCAUUUGGCUUCAAAGGUCCAAAAGUGGAGGGUACAGAUGUUGAUAUCAAAGUCAGUGGACCGGAUAUUGACAUGACAGGCAAAGACAUUGAUAUUGAAGGGCCGAAUGCAAAACUGAAAGGACCCAAGUUGAAGAUGCCAUCCAUAACAGCACCAAAGAUACCAGACUGGGAUAUCAACCUGAAAGGACCUAAAUUGCAGGGAGACGUCAAUGUGAAAGGUCCCAAGAUUGAGGGAGAUAUAGAAGCUCCUGACGUAAACAUUGAAAUGCCAGGUGUUGACAUUGAGAGCCCCAGUGGUAAGAUCAAGGGACCAAAGUUCAAGAUGCCAUCUAUCUCAGGUCCAAACAUUUCCAUGCCAAAUGUGGAUUUCAAUCUGAAAGGUCCCAAACUCAAAGGUGACUUGGAUAUGUCCGCUCCAAAGAUUGAGGGUGACAUAAAAACACCUGAAGUUGACAUCAAAGGUCCACAGGUUGAUAUUGGAGGGACAAAGGGAGGAUUUGAAAUGCCCAAAAUCAAAAUGCCAUCAUUUGGCUUCAAAGGUCCAAAAGUGGAAGGCCCAGAUGUUGAAAUCAAUCUUCCUAAAGCUGACAUUGAUGUGAAAGCACCAGAGGUUGACAUCGAAGGGCUGGAUGCAAAACUGAAAGGACCCAAAUUCAACAUGCCAACAAUUUCUGGACCGAAUUUGUCAAUGCCAGAUGUGGAUUUCAAUCUGAAAGGUCCAAAAUUCAAAGGUGAUGUGGAUGUGUCUGCUCCAAAGAUGGAGGGAGACAUAAAAACACCGAAAGUUGACAUUAACGCCCCCAAGGUUGAUAUUGAAGGACCAGAUGUUGACAUUGAGGGUCAUAAAGGAGGACUUCGAAUACCUAAAUUCAAAAUGCCAUCCUUAAGCUUUAAAGGUCCAAAUGUUGAACGGCCAGAUGUUGAUGUCAGCCUCCCAACAGCUGAUAUCGAUAUGAAAGCCCCUGAAGUGGAGGUGACAGGACCAGAUUUUGAAAUUGAGAGUCCAAGUGGUAAAAUUAAAGGACCGAAAUUCAAGAUGCCAUCUAUCUCAGGACCCAAAAUUUCCAUGCCAGAUGUGGAUUUCAAUUUGAAAAGUCCCAAUCUCAAAGGGGAUGUAGAUUUGUCAGUUCCAAAGAUUGAGGGUGAAAUAAAAACCCCUGACGUUGACAUCAAAGGUCCACAGGUUGAUAUUGAAGGGUCAAAGGGUGGAUUUGAUAUGCCCAAAAUCAAAAUGCCAUCAUUUGGCUUCAAAGGUCCAAAAGUGGAAGGCCCAGAUGUUGACAUCAAUGUUCCCAAAGCAGACAUUGAUGUGAAAGCACCAGAGGUUGACAUCGAAGGGCUGGAUGCAAAACUGAAAGGACCCAGAUUCAACAUGCCAACAAUUUCUGGACCGAAGCUGUCAAUGCCAGACAUGGAUUUUCAUCUGAAAGGUCCAAAACUCAAAGGUGAUGUGGAUGUGUCUGCGCCAAAGAUGGAGGGAGACAUAAAAACUCCUAAAGUUGACAUGAAAGCUCCGACAGUCGAUAUUGAAGGACCAGAUGUUGACAUUGAGGGUCACAAAGGAGGAUUUAAAAUGCCUAAAUUCAAAAUGCCAUCAUUCGGGCUGAAAGGUCCAAAUGUUGAAGGGCCAGAAGUUGAUGUCAGCCUCCCAAAAGCUGACAUUAAUAUUAACGCCCCAGCAUUGGAUGUGAAAGGACUAGAUGUUGACAUAGAGAGUCCAAGUGGUAAAAUUAAAGGACCGAAGUUCAAGAUGCCAACUAUCUCAGGACCGAAAAUUUCCAUGCCAGAUGUGGAUGUCAAUCUGAAAAGUCCCAAACUCAAAGGUGACAUGGAUGUGUCAGCACCAAAGAUUGAGGGUGAAAUAAAAAUCCCUGACGUUGACAUCAAAGGUCCACAGGUUGAUAUUGAAGGGUCAAAGGGUGGAUUUGAAAUGCCCAAAAUCAAAAUGCCAUCAUUUGGCUUCAAAGGUCCAAAAGUGGAAGGCCCGGAUGUUGACAUCAAUCUUCCUAAAGCAGACAUUGAUGUGAAAGCACCAGAGGUUGACAUCGAAGGGCUGGAUGCAAAACUGAAAGGACCCAAAUUCAACAUGCCAACAAUUUCUGGACCGAAGCUGUCAAUGCCAAACAUGGAUUUUCAUCUGAAAGGUCCAAAACUCAAAGGUGAUGUGGAUGUGUCUGCUCCAAAGAUGGAGGGAGACAUAAAAACUCCUAAAGUUGACAUCAAAGCUCCGACAGUCAAUAUUGAAGGACCAGAUGUUGACAUUGAGGGUCACAAAGGAGGAUUUAAAAUGCCUAAAUUCAAAAUGCCAUCAUUCGGGCUGAAAGGUCCAAAUGUUGAAGGGCCAGAAGUUGAUGUCAGCCUCCCAAAAGCUGACAUUAAUAUUAAAGCCCCAGAAUUGGAUGUGAAAGGACAAGAUGUUGACAUAGAGAGUCCAAGUGGUAAAAUUAAAGGACCGAAGUUCAAGAUGCCAACUAUCUCAGGACCGAAAAUUUCCAUGCCAGAUGUGGAUGUCAAUCUGAAAAGUCCCAAACUCAAAGGUGACAUGGAUGUGUCAGCACCAAAGAUUGAGGGUGAAAUAAAAAUCCCUGACGUUGACAUCAAAGGUCCACAGGUUGAUAUUGAAGGGUCAAAGGGUGGAUUUGAAAUGCCCAAAAUCAAAAUGCCUUCAUUUGGCUUCAAAGGUCCAAAAUUGGAAGGCCCGGAUGUGGACAUCAAUCUUCCUAAAGCAGACAUUGAUGUGAAAGCACCAGAGGUUGACAUCGAAGGGCUGGAUGCAAAACUGAAAGGACCCAAAUUCAACAUGCCAACAAUUUCUGGACCGAAGCUGUCAAUGCCAGACAUGGAUUUUCAUCUGAAAGGUCCAAAACUCAAAGGUGAUGUGGAUGUGUCUGCUCCAAAGAUGGAGGGAGACAUAAAAACUCCUAAAGUUGACAUCAAAGCUCCGACAGUCGAUAUUGAAGGACCAGAUGUUGACAUUGAGGGUCAUAAAGGAGGAUUUAAAAUGCCUAAAUUCAAAAUGCCAUCAUUCGGGCUGAAAGGUCCAAAUGUUGAAGGACCAGAAGUUGAUGUCAGCCUCCCAAAAGCUGACAUUAAUAUUAACGCCCCAGCAUUGGAUGUGAAAGGACUAGAUGUUGACAUAGAGAGUCCAAGUGGUAAAAUUAAAGGACCGAAGUUCAAGAUGCCAACUAUCUCAGGACCGAAAAUUUCCAUGCCAGAUGUGGAUGUCAAUCUGAAAAGUCCCAAACUCAAAGGUGACAUGGAUGUGUCAGCACCAAAGAUUGAGGGUGAAAUAAAAAUCCCUGACGUUGACAUCAAAGGUCCACAGGUUGAUAUUGAAGGGUCAAAGGGUGGAUUUGAAAUGCCCAAAAUCAAAAUGCCUUCAUUUGGCUUCAAAGGUCCAAAAUUGGAAGGCCCGGAUGUGGACAUCAAUCUUCCUAAAGCAGACAUUGAUGUGAAAGCACCAGAGGUUGACAUCGAAGGGCUGGAUGCAAAACUGAAAGGACCCAAAUUCAACAUGCCAACAAUUUCUGGACCGAAGCUGUCAAUGCCAGACAUGGAUUUUCAUCUGAAAGGUCCAAAACUCAAAGGUGAUGUGGAUGUGUCUGCUCCAAAGAUGGAGGGAGACAUAAAAACUCCUAAAGUUGACAUCAAAGCUCCGACAGUCGAUAUUGAAGGACCAGAUGUUGACAUUGAGGGUCACAAAGGAGGAUUUAAAAUGCCUAAAUUCAAAAUGCCAUCAUUCGGGCUGAAAGGUCCAAAUGUUGAAGGACCAGAAGUUGAUGUCAGCCUCCCAAAAGCUGACAUUAAUAUUAACGCCCCAGCAUUGGAUGUGAAAGGACUAGAUGUUGACAUAGACAGUCCAAGUGGUAAAAUUAAAGGACCGAAGUUCAAGAUGCCAACUAUCUCAGGACCGAAAAUUUCCAUGCCAGAUGUGGAUGUCAAUCUGAAAAGUCCCAAACUCAAGGGUGACAUGGAUGUGUCAGCACCAAAGAUUGAGGGUGAAAUAAAAAUCCCUGACGUUGACAUCAAAGGUCCACAGGUUGAUAUUGAAGGGUCAAAGGGUGGAUUUGAAAUGCCCAAAAUCAAAAUGCCUUCAUUUGGCUUCAAAGGUCCAAAAUUGGAAGGCCCGGAUGUGGACAUCAAUUUUCCUAAAGCAGACAUUGAUGUGAAAGCACCAGAGGUUGACAUCGAAGGGCUGGAUGCAAAACUGAAAGGACCCAAAUUCAACAUGCCAACAAUUUCUGGACCGAAGCUGUCAAUGCCAGACAUGGAUUUUCAUCUGAAAGGUCCAAAACUCAAAGGUGAUGUGGAUGUGUCUGCUCCAAAGAUGGAGGGAGACAUAAAAACUCCUAAAGUUGACAUCAAAGCUCCGACAGUCGAUAUUGAAGGACCAGAUGUUGACAUUGAGGGUCACAAAGGAGGAUUUAAAAUGCCUAAAUUCAAAAUGCCAUCAUUCGGGCUGAAAGGUCCAAAUGUUGAAGGACCAGAAGUUGAUGUCAGCCUCCCAAAAGCUGACAUUAAUAUUAACGCCCCAGCAUUGGAUGUGAAAGGACUAGAUGUUGACAUAGAGAGUCCAAGUGGUAAAAUUAAAGGACCGAAGUUCAAGAUGCCAACUAUCUCAGGACCGAAAAUUUCCAUGCCAGAUGUGGAUGUCAAUCUGAAAAGUCCCAAACUCAAGGGUGACAUGGAUGUGUCAGCACCAAAGAUUGAGGGUGAAAUAAAAAUCCCUGACGUUGACAUCAAAGGUCCACAGGUUGAUAUUGAAGGGUCAAAGGGUGGAUUUGAAAUGCCCAAAAUCAAAAUGCCUUCAUUUGGCUUCAGAGGUCCAAAAUUGGAAGGGCCGGACGUGGACAUCAAUCUUCCUAAAGCAGACAUUGAUGUGAAAGCACCAGAGGUUGACAUCGAAGGGCUGGAUGCAAAACUGAAAGGACCCAAAUUCAACAUGCCAACAAUUUCUGGACCGAAGCUGUCAAUGCCAGACAUGGAUUUUCAUCUGAAAGGUCCAAAACUCAAAGGUGAUGUGGAUGUGUCUGCUCCAAAGAUGGAGGGAGACAUAAAAACUCCUAAAGUUGACAUCAAAGCUCCGACAGUCGAUAUUGAAGGACCAGAUGUUGACAUUGAGGGUCACAAAGGAGGAUUUAAAAUGCCUAAAUUCAAAAUGCCAUCAUUCGGGCUGAAAGGUCCAAAUGUUGAAGGGCCAGAUGUUGAUGUCAGCCUCCCAAAAGCUGACAUUAAUAUUAAAGCCCCAGAAUUGGAUGUGAAAGGACUAGAUGUUGACAUAGAGAGUCCAAGUGGUAAAAUUAAAGGACCGAAGUUCAAGAUGCCAACUAUCUCAGGACCGAAAAUUUCCAUGCCAGAUGUGGAUGUCAAUCUGAAAAGUCCCAAACUCAAAGGUGACAUGGAUGUGUCAGCACCAAAGAUUGAGGGUGAAAUAAAAAUCCCUGACGUUGACAUCAAAGGUCCACAGGUUGAUAUUGAAGGGUCAAAGGGUGGAUUUGAAAUGCCCAAAAUCAAAAUGCCUUCAUUUGGCUUCAAAGGUCCAAAAUUGGAAGGCCCGGAUGUGGACAUCAAUCUUCCUAAAGCAGACAUUGAUGUGAAAGCGCCAGAGGUUGACAUCGAAGGGCUGGAUGCAAAACUGAAAGGACCCAAAUUCAACAUGCCAACAAUUUCUGGACCGAAGCUGUCAAUGCCAGACAUGGAUUUUCAUCUGAAAGGUCCAAAACUCAAAGGUGAUGUGGAUGUGUCUGCUCCAAAGAUGGAGGGAGACAUAAAAACUCCUAAAGUUGACAUCAAAGCUCCGACAGUCGAUAUUGAAGGACCAGAUGUUGACAUUGAGGGUCACAAAGGAGGAUUUAAAAUGCCUAAAUUCAAAAUGCCAUCAUUCGGGCUGAAAGGUCCAAAUGUUGAAGGGCCAGAAGUUGAUGUCAGCCUCCCAAAAGCUGACAUUAAUAUUAAAGCCCCAGAAUUGAAUGUGAAAGGACCAGUUGUUGACAUAGAGAGUCCAAGUGGUAAAAUCAAAGGACCGAAGUUCAAGAUGCCAACUAUCUCAGGACCGACAAUUUCCAUGCCAGAUGUGGAUUUCAAUCUGAAAGGUCCCAAACUCAAAGGUGAUGUGGAUUUUUCAGUACCAAAAAUUGAAGGAGAUAGAACAGCACAUGACAUUGACAUCAAAGGUCCACAUGUUGACAUUGAAGGUCCAAAGGGUGGAUUUGAAAUGCCCAAAAUCAAAAUGCCAUCAUUUGGCCUCAAAGGUCCAAAAGUGGAAGGCCCAGAUGUUGACAUCAAUCUUCCUAAAGCAGACAUUGAUUUGAAAGCACCAGAUGUUGACAUUGAAGCACCAGAGGUUGACAUUGAUGGCCUGGAUGCAAAAUUGAAAGGACCGAAAUUCAAGAUGCCAACUAUCUCAGGACCGAAAAUGUCCAUGCCAGAUGUGGAUUUCAAUCUAAAAGUUCCCAAAAUCAAAGGUGAUGUGGAUGUGUCUGCUCCAAAGAUGGAGGGUGACUUAAAAGCACCUGAAGUUGACAUCAAAGGUCCACAUGUUGAUAUUGAAGGUCCAAAGGGUGGAUUUGAAAUGCCCAAAAUCAAAAUGCCAUCAUUUGGCUUCAAAGGUCCAAAAGCGGAAGGCCCAGAUGUUGACAUCAAUCUUCCUAAAGCGAACAUUGAUGUGAAAGCACCUGAUGUUAACAUUAAAAAACCAAAUGUUGACAUUGAAGGACCGGAUGCAAAACUAAAAGGACCGAAAUUCAGCAUGCCAUCCAUUUCAGGACCAAAAAUUUCCAUGCCAGAUGUGGAUUUCAAUCUAAAAGGUCCCAAAAUCAAAGGUGAUUUGGAUGUGUCAGCUCCAAAGAUUGAGGGUGACUUAAAAGCACCUGAAGUUGACAUCAAAGGUCCACAUGUUGAUAUUGAAGGUCCAAAGGGUGGAUUUGAAAUGCCCCAAAUCAAAAUGCCAUCAUUUGGCUUCAAAGGUCCAAAAGUCGAAGGUCCAGAUGUUGACAUCAAUCUUCCUAAAGCAAACAUUGAUGUGAAAUCACCUGAUGUUGAGAUUAAAGGACCAGAGGUUGACAUUGAAGGGCCGGAUGCAAAACUCAAAGGACCGAAAUUAAAAAUGCCAGCCAUUUCAGGACCUAAAUUGACCAUGCCAGAUAUUGACUUAAAUCUGAAAGGUCCCAAACUCAAAGGUGAUGUGGAUGUCUCAGCUCCAAAGAUAGAAGGAGACAUAAAAACACCAAAUGUUGACAUCAAAGGUCCAGGCGUUGAUUUUGAUCCUGUAAAGACAGGUGUUACAUUUCCCAAGUUCAAGGGUCCUAAGUUUGGAGUGAAAUCUCCUGAAGUGGAGGGGCCUGAAUCAGUUACAGUUAAGACACCCAUGUUCAGCAUGGGAGCAAAGGGUUCAAAAACACAAGUUAGUGUCCCAGAUACUGAAGUAAGUCUUGAUGCUCCUGAUAUCGACAUAGAUGUAAGGGGGAAAAAGGGUAAAUUUAAACUUCCUAAGGUGAAAGGAAAGGCAAAGAAACCUGACAUUGACAUAGAAACAUCAGCAAUGAGCUUGGAUGUAGAAACACCAAAUAUCCAUGUCAAAGGAACAAAGGUUAAGAAGCCUCUUUUUGGCAAGCUUCAUUUUCCUGAUGUGGAAUUAGAUAUCAAAUCACCAAAACUGAAAGGUGAUGGAUCUUUAUCAGAGGGGUUGAAAUCAUCUGAUCUAGAUUUGAACACCACUGCCAGCAGCCCAAAUGUUAGUUUAGAAGGGCCGGAUGUGAAAUUAAAGACACCUAAAAUGCCAAAUGUGAACUUGUCUGCUCCUGAUAUUGAUGCAAAUCUGAACAAACAACAAGAGGCAACUGUGUCUGCAGGUUUUAAAGGUCAAAAAAUAAAUGUAGAAGGUGGUGCUGAGUUUGAAGCAGGUGUUUCAGGGGGCAGUGCAAGUGGUGGACUUCAUUACCCAGAGGGUAAUGUAACAUUUCCCAAAAUGAAGAUACCAAAAUUUGGUAUUGCUCUACCACAGUCGGAAGGGCAGCAAGGUGGAAGACAUGUUGAAUCAGAACUUGCAGCUAGUGGUGGCAUAAACAUACAGUCUCCAUCUAUCAGUUCACAAAAUGUUGAGCUGCCCAGUCCAGAUCUGAGGCACAGUGAAGGCAAAGUAAAGGUAAAGAUGCCAAAAUUUUUUGGCAAAUCAAAAGCAAAGGGCAGCAGUGCAGGUGACCUUCGGGGAUCAGAGGUAGAAUUGAGUGCAAGUGGAAAAGGAGGUAAGAUACAUACUGGGAAACUGAUGGGUGGGAACUUAGAAUUAGAGGGUGAUUCUGGACUCAGUGUGUCUACUAAAGGCAAGUCAGCCUCUCUGGAUCUAUUUAAGAAAUCAAGGCAUCGGUCUUCCUCUCUGAGUGAUGAGGGGGGGCUUGCAGUUAGUUCUCCUUCAGCUCACUUGGAAGCUGAGGGUGGCAACAUGUCAUUAGACCUAGGAGGAAGCAAGGUCAAAGGAAAGAAAGGCAAGUUGAAGUUUGGCACCUUUGGAGGCUUUGGUUCAAAGACAAAGGGCUCAUAUGAAGUGACACUUGGUGAGAACAGUGAAGCAGGAGUGGAGGGAAGUGAAGGUGUUUCUCUACCCUCUAAAAAAUCGAGAUUGUCGUCAUCUUCCAGUAGUGACAGUGGCUCAAGAGGUGGUUUCAGGUUUCCAAGGCUUGAACUAUCCGUUUCACCAAAGAAGUGAUUCAUUAUGAGGCAAAUUAAACUCUCUUAUGUACACCCAAAUACCCUCUCAUAAUACGGCAAAGUCUUCACACUUAAGUUCUUUGAAACCUAAGUGUCAUCUCAGUGUUGUUAACUAUGAGUAAUUCCUUCAGUAAUUAGACAGGAUUGCAUGAGAUUGUUUAAAAUCCCUUCAAACUGUAAAUAAGAUUAAAUUGUAUUUUGUAUGUAUGUUUUUUGUACAUAGUCCAGAUUUAUUGAACAUAUGCCACAUCACCAAAUUUUCACCAGUAGUGUAUUACAGGGUUUGUCAUUUUGUCCUUUACAUUCUAUUAAAUAUUAUGAACAGGUGUGGUAUAUUUGUAUCCAGGGCUGUAUUGCGCAGAACACAACAGAACAGAUGGUUAAAAUAGUUAUUUUGAAGGAAAAUGUUGUUUAUACACCCAGACACAAGCAUAAACAGUUACCAGUUUUUGUAUGAAAUUAUUUUAUUUUCAAGCUUUGAUAUUGUAUAAUCAGUGCAGAAGCAUAUUUACGCAAACAUAGAGCUGGCCCUUUUUAACACAUUCUGAAGAGUGAUGGUGUUGUAUAUACCAUAAUUGCAAAGACAAUCACUGUUUGGAAACAACUCUCUUAAAUUCUGUCAGUACUUUUCUGUUCAUUUUUAAGAAAAUUUAUUCACACUCAAAUUCUUUGGCAUUUACCAAAAAUAUACAUUUGCUUCAUUUGUUUUAAACAUGUUUUGCUUCCUAAUCCUGUGUCUUUUUCACCUUUACCUGUUUUGAGAUUUUCUGUAUUUUAUUUCCUUCAUAUCCUGUCACUCUAUCUUUGUACACACACUUUGUGAUUACGUUAAAAAAAAUGUUACAAAUAAACUUUUGAUGUCAUUUGUUUGCAAACAAAGUCUGUGUUGAUAGACUUAAUGGAGAUGCAGCAUGAUUGUUGGGGUCUAUUCUUUUGUGUGCAUUCUGCCAAAUAAACUAAAUAAAAAGAUUUAUAGAAUUUAGAAGGCUUCUUAAA